AUGGGUUUUAAAGAAAAAAGCCUUCCGAAAGUAUUGCUUGUAUUGUUUAUUUUUACCUUCUUCUCGAACGUACUAUUCAGUUAUUGUUCAGCACAUUCUUUUACUCAAAUAAAACGAACGCAGGGUUUAACCGAGGGUCAAAAUUCCUUAACAAAUGUAGAAGCCCAAGACUAUGAAGAUAUACUGAAUAUAAAUUCUUGGAGAUACGAAUCAAAAAAAGAAAAUGGAGAUAAAUAUGUUUCGAAUACAACAAUGGAGCAUAGUUACAAUAAAAAGCUUUUAGAGGUCAAAAAUUGUAAUAAAUUUAAAAUUAAUAAUGUUCCAUUAUUAAAAAAUCGAUAUAAUUAUUCAAAUAUCAAAAAACAUUAUUUUAUAAAACCCUUUACUUUGUCUUCAUACAAUCUAACAAAUCAAUUCCUAAAAGAUGAACCUGCUCAAUCAUCCAUCAAUAUAAAAUUCAUAAACUGGAACUUAUCACGUCAAAAAGGCAAUCAUAAUGAAAAAGAUUCCUAUAAUCCAGAGACCGAUUUAGCAAAUGUGAUGUUAGGCGAUGACCCUCAAGUCCUCAAUGACCAUCUAUUCUUAAGGGGCAGUCGCAAUAUGAUGAAUAAUAAUCAGCAUUUUCAAAAAUUUGUUCUCCCCCCCCUGAACACUUUGCUUCAAAACGAUAAAUUACAACUCAAUCCCGAGGCCUAUGAUCACAACAAGAAUCUUGAUAACCAAAAUCAACGUGUUAAUGAACCCGAUUUGAAAUUGAUAGUUCGUCCGUCUUCUAGCGAAUAUUUACUUCCUAUAUCGGAUCUUCAAGAGAACCCAGAUCCCAAAUACGACCCUAGACCGACCGAUUUGAACCCGAGAAAACUAAAAGCUCUCUUGGGAAGGAGAUAUGAUCAUAGAUACAUGAGCGCGUUUAGGCCGCAAGAUUCGAUAUCCCACCCCAAUGGAACUAUUUAUUUUGGGUUUAGACAAAAUAGUAGGGGUUUACCAAGUGGGAAUAGAAUAACCAUGUAUAAGAUCAUGAACAUGAACUUCAAAAUGGCUGGUAUGAGACGAAAGAUAAGGCUUAGAGUAUCCAGGCGCAUCAAACGCAAAUUAUUCAAAUACCUCAAGGCUUACACAUCUUGUCCUGUGCUUUAUAGAUGGAAAAAUAUUGGCAAACGAUUUUGGCCUAAUUGGGUUCUAGAGGGGCAAUGUUAUGGCUCUGGUAAUGAAAGUCCCCAUAUAUUUCCAACUAACUCUAUUCAUCAUUUACACACCUCUGUUAAUAAUCAAGAGAAUGAUUAUAUUAAUUAUAACAGCGAUAACAAUGUAGAUCGAAAUGGCGAGGAUACUAACCAUAAUAACGUAAUAGACUUAAAGCUGUCUGAUGGUGCUAAAUUCAUUAUGGCUAAUAACGAAAGAGCAGAUGGCGGUAAUGACAAAGUGCGAUCGUGUUCCAUUCCUCCAGGAAUGAUUUGCAGGCCUAGUACUACCAUCAAUUUAACCAUACUAAGAUGGUAUUGCCAAAAUUGGGAGUCCAAAAGUUAUUGUUCUUGGAUAUUCGUUCAAUACCCUAUAAUCGAAUCCUGUAAAUGUUCUUGUUGA